GCGCGCUCGAGACGCUCAUCCGGUUCCUCCUUCUCUCUCCCCCCUCUCUCUCUAGCAGGAGAGUGAGGUUAGGUAUCGCAGGGUUGACGUUUUAUUUGUCUACGUUCUCGCGGCAGUCCGUCAACGCGAUGGAGAAGCACUCGCGGGAUCGCGCCGGUCACGGAUCGAGGAGGGAACGCGACGACGAUCGCAGAGGCGAGAACCGGACGUCGCGGGGGACUCGCGAUCGCGCGGAGCAGUCGAGACGCGAACUCACGGCGAGGUCCAGGGAGAGGCAUAAGAUGUCGAGGGACGACGACCCUCGCUCGCGUCGCGAGUCGCGCAAGUCUUCCAAGCGCAAGGACCGAAAGAGGGAAUCGUCCUCGUCUGACUCGAGCAGAUCCAGCGACGGCUCGUCCACGGACUCGUCCUCGGACUCCACGAAAUUGCUGGAGAAGCUGCAGAAGCAACGGCAGAAGCAGCUGGAGGAGCGCAAGCAUCAGAAGGAGCUGAUGAAGGCGACGGAGACGCCGGAGGAGAAGCGCCUGCGCCGCCUGAAGAAGAAGGAGGCCAAGGAACGCAGGCGUAAGGAGAGGAUGGGCUGGGACAACGACUACCUUCACUACACGAACACGGACAAUCCGUUCGGGGACGGCAAUAUCCUGUCCACCUUCGUGUGGUCCAAGAAGCUGGGGAAGGAGGGUCUGCUGGGCGUGGGCAGAGAGGCGCUGGAGAUGCGCAACAGGCACAAGCAGGAGGAGAACAAGCGGGAGCUGGAGAAGGUGAAGAAGAGGCGGCAGGAGAGAGAGCUGGAGCGGCAGCAGAGGGAGGAGGAGAUGACCAUGUUGCAGAGGGGCAAGGAGGCCGCUCAGCUGGAGCAAUGGGCCCGCCAGGAGGAUCAGUUCCACCUGGAGCAAGCCAGGCUGCGCUCCCGCAUCAGGAUCCAGGACGGCCGCGCGAAGCCCAUCGAUCUUCUCGCCAAGUACAUCAGCGCGGAGGAAGAGGUCGACGCGGUGGAGAUGCACGAGCCGUACACGUACCUGCGUGGUCUGCACGUCAAGGACCUGGAGGACCUCAUAGAGGACAUAAAGGUCUACAAGGAGCUCGAGAGGGGCAAGAAUUUGGAUUACUGGAACGACAUAACGGUGAUCGUGGAGGACGAGUUGCACAAGCUCAGGAAGUUGGAACGAACGGAAUACGAAGUUGCUGUUGGCAGAAGAGAAGGGAUUCACGAGUCGGUCGCCAAAGAUGUCACGGCCAUUUUUAAAGGUAAAACCGCGGCGCAAUUGGAGGCCCUGCAGUUGCAGAUUCAGGCGAAAAUCACCGGGAAGCCAGAAGGCGUCGAUAUCGGGUAUUGGGAAAGUCUUUUGUCUCAGUUAAAAGCUCAUAUGGCGAGGGCGCGGCUCAGAGAUCGGCAUCAAGAGAACUUGCGGAAGAAGUUGGAAGUUCUGAUCGCCGAGCAAGGAGUGGCCAGAGCGGAGAACGAGACCGACGGCUCGCAGGCACUGGAAGGCGAGUCCACCGUGAGGCAAGACGAACCUUCGUCCAGCACAGCUGCCGAGAAGAACGAAAACAGCCAUUCCGACGACGAUAAAGAGGAGACGAGCGCCGCCAACGAUCUGUUAUCCGAAUCCUUCCGCGAGUACGAGGCGGGCGGCUACUCGCCCACUUAUAUACCCUACUCGCAGCUCGAACCGGGCACGCUGGUCACGCAGGAAGACGAGGACAGUCAGCGAUUGGAGUACGCGAGGCAGCAGGUCCUCAGCACCGGCAGAAAGAUCCAGAAUGUGCUGACGUCCGAGGAGCAGGCCAUGCACCGGGAGGCGCGCAAGGGCAUGGGCUCGGACGAGGCGCAGUUCAGCGUCGAGUCGUCGCUGGAGGCGCAGAUCUACCUGUGGUCCGACAAGUACCGGCCGCGUAAGCCACGUUACUUCAACCGCGUGCACACCGGCUUCGAGUGGAACAAGUACAAUCAGACGCACUACGACAUGGACAAUCCGCCGCCGAAGAUCGUGCAGGGCUACAAGUUCAACAUCUUCUAUCCGGACCUCAUCGACAAGAACACCACGCCGGAAUAUUUCCUCACACCCUGCGCCGACAACAAGGACUUCGCUAUCCUGCGAUUUCACGCGGGCCCGCCUUACGAGGACAUCGCGUUCAAAAUUGUCAAUCGGGAAUGGGAGUACUCGUACAAGCGUGGCUUUAGAUGUCAAUUCCACAACAAUAUUUUCCAGCUGUGGUUCCACUUCAAGAGAUAUAGAUACCGCCGUUAACGCGGCGCGUGUACAUAUCGUUAUAUAAUGUACAAUUUUAUGGACGACCUGUAUAUAUAUAUGUAUAUAUGUAUAUCGUAUCGUUCCACGCAGCGAGCGAAUCUUUUUAAUAUUAUAUUUAUACAAGAACAAUUACGAAUAAAAGCGAUCUCGUGAUUCGAA